AUGAGAGCUUCCGCCCCGGUUGGACCGGUGCGAGUUCCAGCGUACAACCUUAUCCGGCACUCACUGCCGUCUGGCCGCGGCCGGGGAUCGAAGGCCUGCGGCGGCGUGGGACUUUACGUUCAACAGGGUCUCAAAGCAACCCCGGUCAUCAAAUCGACCCAUGACAUCGCAGCUCCGAUCGCAACGAGGGUUGAGUACAUGGUAGUUCAAAUUAGGAUCAACGAACUUAACGUCGGGGUGGCUGUGGUGUACAAUCCGUCGUGCUCGAAUCCGUCGUUCGCCGUGCUCUACGAAAGGGUCCUUCUCGAGAUGCUCGAUCUUGGCUUUGACAGAACAUUUAUUAUGGGGGAUUUCAACAUCAACGUAGCGUCUGUCUUGCCUUCGCUGAAUCUGACCUCGUUGAGGCGGAUUCACUCAACGUUCAACCUCACCGUUCUGCCCACUGGUCCCACAAGAAUCACCGACACCAGCUCAACUACCAUCGACCUGCUGAUCACCGACUGUCCACAGUCCGUCCGAAAAGCAAAGGCGGUCUCCGCAAGCGCUAUUUCUGACCAUGAAGUGAUCUACAUGCUGGCUGACGUCCAGGUGAGGAAUCAAAACCGGCGUACGACCCGAAUCCGGAAUUUCCGGAAUGUCGACGUGCUACAGCUGCAAGCAGAGUAUCGAGCCAAGGAUUUUCAAUGCUUCUACGAGUCGAAUGAUGUUGAUGAAAAAACAACGCUGUUGACUGCCGACCUGCAAGAACUCCUCGAUCGACAUGCGCCGGAAAGGAUGAUCUACGUCCGUGAUGAAAGAACUCCUUGGAUAACGCAUCAAAUCAAGCAGACCAUCGAGCUGAGAGACCUCGCGCUGAAGCUGUACAAGCGUAACCCGAACCGGAGGCGAGGUGAUCAGCAAUGGUUGGAGCACUCGCGCUUGCACGAUCGUGCGAACUCGCUGAUUCAUGCGGCCAAGAAGCGCUACGCUGAUCAGCACUUCAAUCAUGAACUUCCCGCCAAAAAGCUUUGGAGCAACCUCAGAAGAGAAGGCAUACACAACUCAGCCAAGGCAGACCCACCAGCAGAAGGAGUCGACGCUGAUGAUCUGAACCGUUUCUUUUCUGACGGUCACCGAGAGCUAGGAACGAACAGAGGCAGCACGCGGAGUAGAACACCAGCCCACAGAACAGUAGUAGAUCACGGGGAAAACGGAUUCAACUUUCGACAAACCAACUCAGAAGAAGUCAACCGCAAAAUCCACGACAUACAGACCAAUGCCACAGGGACCGACGGCAUACCUAUCUCGUUUGUCAAAAUGUUGUUCCCGCUGAUCCUGCCGGAACUCUGUCACCUCUUCAACGCCAUUAUCACAGCUCGAGCUUUCCCGUCUUUGUGGAAAACAGCCAUUGUAACACCGAUCCCCAAACAACCAAGUCCUAGCCUGCCCAAGCAUUUCCGCCCGAUCAGUGUCCUUCCAGCGAUGUCGAAGGUGUUGGAAAAAAUCCUGCUUGACCAAAUCACCGAUCAUCUCGAUAACCCGAACGCUCCGCUAUUGGCCAAACAUCAAUAG